AUGUCUACCGAAGCACCAUGGCAUGCGGCAUUUCCUGCACCAAAGAGUGCACCAUCCUCCAUUUCACGGGAGGAGUUGCUCCAAUGGAUGCAAGAGGGUAAACAAGCCGGCAAGGACUUUGUCCUUGUUGAUGUGCGUCGAACAGACCACGAGGGAGGAACAAUUAAAGGGUCCAUCAACUUGCCCGCCCAGAGUCUCUACCCGACGAUUCCAUCACUAUACUCGCUUGUAUCAAACAGUGGCGCUAAAUACGUGAUUUGGUACUGCGGAUCAUGUGGAGGCCGAGGACCACGCACCGCAGCUUGGUUUGCGGAUUACAUCCAAGAAACAGGGGAUACAGAGAUGAAGAGUCUCAUUCUAGCUGGCGGUAUCAAAGGAUGGGCUGCUGCUGGAGAGGAAUUCACUGCCUUGAUUGAUGGUUAUGAUGCCUCCGUCUGGAAAAAAUAA